CUACACCAGCCAUGAACUCGUGGAAGAACAUCGCCUCGUCCCUUCAGAACGUCGCCGGCCAGGCCGCGUCGACCGUCCAGGGCGCAACGAGCAACAUCAACCUCAACGACGCGUCCAAGAACCUGUCCAAGGGCUUCGCAAACUUCAGCCAGACCGUCAAGGAGCGCACCGGCCGCAUCGAGAACGACGACGUCACCGAGCUCCCGCAGGAGUACCUCGACCUCGAGCGCCGCGUCGACGGCCUCCGCGCAGCGCACACCAAGCUGCUCGCCGUCACGCGCGUGUACGAGACGGGCACGUACGACUACCCGGUCAACCUCACCGAGUCGGCGACCGAGAUUGGCGGCAGCAUUGCCCACAACCUCAGCUCGUGGGCUGCCGCGGCGACCAAGGGCACCAACCUCCCUCAGCCCUCGGUGACCGACAAGCCCUCGUCGUACCAGAAGACGCUGCCGCACGCCCUUUCGCGCGCGGCCGCGUCCGGCGCCGUCGAGGUCGGGCCCGGUCGCCUCGCCGACGUCCUCAAGACGUACGCUGUCGCGCAGGACAAGGUGGGCGCCGCGAGGACCCGCAUGGAUGGCGAGAUCUCGACCUCGUUCCUCCCGCCGUGGUCGGCGACGCUCAACACGUCGCUCCAGGCGGCCCUCAAGGCGCGCCAGGUCGUCAAGCAGGCUCGAAUCUCGCUCGACGCGACGCGUGCGACGUUCAAGCACGCGACGGGCGGGCCGAAGCAGGAGCAGGCGCGCAUGGAGGUCGAGGCCGCCGAGGAGCACCUCGUCGACUCGACCGAGACGGCCAUCAACCUCAUGCGCUCGGUCCUCGAGAACCCCGAGCCGAUCAAGAACCUCGGCCAGCUCCUCAAGGCGCAGCAGCUGUUCCACGAGGAGGCGGCCCAGGCGCUCGCGAGCGUCGUUGCCGAGGUUGAGGAGCAGGGAACGGCGGCCGAGGCGGAGUGGAGGAAGUCGCGCGACCAGUGAGCGUCGCCAUCGCCGUCCUCGCCUCGCACCUCGUCGCACUCUCGCCCUCGCCUCUCUCGACCCACCGUUCCUCGCCCUCUCGUCGGCCCCUCUCGCCGGUCCCGCCUCCGACACGACUCUGUGCCCACCCCCGUCCUCCCUCUCGUCGUGUAGUGCCCCCUCGUCCUCUCCCCUUCCCUCUCGCGCGGCUGAAAACGGACUCUCUCUGUGUCACUCGUCCUC